AAUUUAAAUCGAAUUAGUCCUAUGGAUUAGUUCUUGAAGUUAGUUCUUUGUAAUUCCUGUCAACAAGUGUUCAACCGCUUGAUUACUAAUUGGCUCUUGGCCAACACCGCUGCCCAACAAAGUCCCACAAGUGUGACCCAUUUAGAGCAACACUCAUUAAUUGAUACCUUGCUGCAUACUUCAAAUACUCACUCUGCACACUCAAUAAUGCAGAUCGGUGAUCGGUAAGGUUUUAUUGUUAGACCCAACCCACAACUCUGUGAUGAUUGCACAAUCGAACGCGGCGCUGGUCCGAUUUAGCUAUAUUGCCAUUUUAGUCAUCGAAUCGAUCGAAUGCCGCAACUUGCAGCUCUGGCAUUUGUCAUAUUUGGUGGGAUCGGGAUGCAUGUUGCACCGAUUUGGUGUCGCAGCCGUGUUUUUGUGGCUGCUGUCAACUCAUGCGGCGCACAUUGUGCGGCAUCUCAACUCAACACUCGCACUUCUCCGUUGGCCAAGUGUCGAUCGAUUGAGCGAAAGUGACAGUCAGUUGCCAUGACACUGUUCAGCAAAGUUGAGGGUGCUUCGAUAUGGCAAAUGCAACUAACUCUGGUCGAUUGCUAACGAAGAAGCUGUGCUUGGCGAGCUGUCAGAAACAGUAAUUUCCGGAAUUUAGCCCCUUAUCGGGUUUUCGAGCCCAUGCUUAUCCACAGUCUAGAAAUUCGUUUGAAAUUCGGUAAUAAUGAAUAAUGGGAAAUGUGAUGAAAAUAUAUCACUGCACUGGAUAGCUAAUGAGUGCAUGAAAAGAAGACUGAUCUUUAAGUCGGAGUGGAUCGGCGAGUACUGGCGAUUACUGACCUAUAUGCUGCUUCAUUCCGAUUAUUGGCACCUCACUCUCAACAUUUGCCUACAGUGCUUUAUAGGUAUUUGCCUGGAAGUGGAGCAAGGUCACUGUCGCCUGGCCGUGGUCUAUAUCGUGGGUGGCGCCGCCGGUUCGUUGGCCAACGCCUGGCUGCAGCCCCAUCUCCUCCUGAUGGGGGCCUCCGCCGGGGUCUACGCCAUGCUGGGGAGUCAUGUGCCGCACCUGGUUCUGAACUUUUCGCAGUUGUCGCACCGCUUUGCCCGCAUCGCCGCCCUGUGCAUUUUGUACCUCAGCGAUGUGGGUUUCACAAUGCACCACUUUUGCCACAAUCACAAUCGCAAUCCGCGGAUCAGUCUGGAGGCCCAUAUUGGAGGGGGCGUGACCGGAAUUCUGUGCGGUUUUAUCGCCUACCGACGCGUCCGGCCGUCAACUCAAAGAGCCAUUUACCUGUAGUCUCAAAUAAGGUAACUAGUCUUAAAUUGUAUAGCUUUAGUUUUAAAAUAGUUUGUUAUAGUAAAUUAUGCAAUUAAGUCGAUUUCACAAGAGUGAAAUGUUUGUUUACUUAUUAUUAUAACAAGACAGAAUAUCAAAACGUAUAUAAAAUACGCAAAAUAAAUGCAUUUAGUGUUCUUAAAUAAAUUAUUUAAUAGUUUUUCAAAGAUAAGGUUUGCCAAUCUACUGAUCUUGUAAUUGAAUAUAUUUAUAAACUAAUUUAACUUGUUAUUAUUCUGACAAUCAAGCAAUCCUUAAUGGAAUAGUCAGCAAUUAUUCCGUUUAUAUUUUUUAUGGACAGUCCCUAUUGUUUGGUCACAAAAUCCGUUGUUAACUUAUUAUUAUUAUUUGUUGGUCAUGCAUACUUUCGGUGUUAUGAAUAAACAUUUAUUUUACACCUCAUAAAAGGGUGGGCAAUGUUUUAUUGCUGGUUUUUAUGUGCUGUUCACUCGCCACUGAAUUAAUUGACCUACACUUGUUAACUGAAUGGCGUCUCUAUUGAAUUAAUUGAUUACUCAUCAAGUGGUUUUGGCUAAUUAAUGUUUUUAGAGACAUAAAUUUGGAAUUUAAAGGCAGAGAUUUCAUAAAUAUUCUGUAGCAAAUUUCGAUGUGCAAUUAAAACGAAAACAAUUUGUGGAAUGUCUCCCCCAAACUUUGUGAUUGGCAUGUGAGUGUGCUAAUCAUUUCUUGCAAUUAGAUAUUUGAUAAUUAGUUUGAAACAAGGCUAAAACUCGAUAAAUAUUUAUAAACAUUUCACCAAUUUUAUCCCUGUUAGAUUUUCAUGUUUCAGGGCACAGAAAUAUGAAACUGAAGUUAGGUUCUUUACGAGUUU